CAGAGAUGUCCAGUAACCACCGGCCGCCCACAGCGCGCCCCUCUUCCAGAGGAGGCGUGGGGAUGGCAGCAAGGCCCACCUCUUCUCUGAGGACGCCGUCAGCGACCAGAAUCGGAACAGGGAUGCCUCCUAAUACAUCAAGACCUGGUUCUCGUGGUGGUUCUACAAGUACCGCAGGGGUGUUGUCAUCUCAGAUUAAAGUUGCUGACCGUCCAGUGACACAACAGGGAUUAAGUGGAAUGAAAAUGGGAACAAAAGGUCCUCAGAGACAGAUAAUGGAUAAAACCUAUUAUCUUGGACUGCUGAGAAGUAAAAUAAAUGAUCUUACAGCAGAAAUUAAUAAGCUGCAAAAAGAAGUGGAAAUGUACAAGCAAGAGAAUUCUGUCUAUCUGUCAUAUGAGAAAAGGGCAGAGGCCUUAGCUGGUGAAAUCAAAGACUUUCAAGGUCAGCUAGCAGACUACAACAUGCUCGUGGAUAAACUAAACACCAAUACCGAUACAGCAGAAAUGAUUAGUGAUUUCAAUAUGUUGAAAGUUCAGAAUGACCGAGAAGCUCAGAGCGUGGAUAUAAUUUUUACAGAAAAACAAGCCAAAGAAAAGUUAAUUCAAGCUGUGGAAGAAGAUAUUGAACGUCAAAAAAAAGUAGCAGACGACAUAAUAAAAGACAUGUCUCAGGAAAAUCAAGCCAAAUAUAUGGAGAUGAAGACGGCAAAUGAAAAACUCUGCCAGGAGUUAGUUGUCCAACAGCAGGAAUUGGAUGCACUGAAUGUAAAGGAGGAGUCUCUAAGAGUUGAAAUAGCACACUCCCAGGUGAAGCAGGAGGCCGUGAAGUUGUAUGAAAAGCUCCAUGAGCUUGAGGAACAUCGAAACCAAAUGGUUACUGAGGACAAGAAUAUGGGUUCUCCACAGGAGGAAAGAGAGAGAUUACUAAAGCAGGUUAAAGAAGAUAAUCAAGAAAUAGCAAGCAUGGAAAGACAGCUAACAGAAGUCAAGGAAAAGACAAACCAUUUUAGAAAAGUCAUUCAACGCAUUGAUAUGGAUCUGGAGGAUCAUCAAGGAGAAGAAAAUUGGAAAUACAAGGAACUGAAGAAGAGAGAAGAAAGCAUGGAUAAUUUUCUUGAGACUUUUGAAGAGGUGAAGAGCCAGGAAUUAGAACGAAAGGCCCAAACAGAAGCCAACAUUAUUUUACUCUUGGAGCGCUCAAGUAGGAAUGUGAAUCGUAUGAAACAAAUUUCAUCUGUUACCAAUCAAGAGYUGAAGAUUAUGCAGGAAGACCUCACUUUCAAGUCAUCUGAAAUGCAGAAAUCACAGAGCACUGCUAAGAAUCUCAGUACAGAGAGUCAAAGGCUGCAGAUGGAUCUGCAGAAGAUGGAACUCUUGGAGGGGAAGAUGGUUGAUGAACUGGCUUCUCUUAAAGGCAAAAUUGAGCAAACCAAAAAGGACUUGGAGAUCUAUAAUAAUUUACCAGCACUGAAAGCAGCAGGAGAAGAGAAGAAAAAGAAACUACAGGAUGACAAAGAAAAACUGACAAAACGUAGCCGAGCUUUCAAGAAAAUAAUGGAACACUUAAAUACAGAGUAUGAGCGUCUGAAGAGUCAACUGCAGGAGAAUGAGACUCAUUCUCAGCUUACAAAUUUGGAGAGGAAGUGGCAGCACCAUGAGCAAAAUAACUUUAUGAUGAAGGAAUUCAUAGCAACGAAAAGUCAGGAGAGUGACUACCAGCCAGUCAUGAGGAACGUGAAAAGGCUGAUCACAGAGUACAACAAAGCUCUCGUAGACUCCCUGCAGAACACCAAGAGCUGAAGAACUCCGGGCGCCUCCUUCCUGUUGCUGCCAGCAAUGGGAGAUGUGCCCAGGUAUCGUGGGCAGCUGGGCUAGCGAGUGAUGUGAAUAUUUAGGGAUAUUUAGCAAUCUGUAAAAUGUAUAGUGCAUACUAGGUGUAAAAUCCUAGAAAAUUUUACUUAGACYCAUGGCUGGAUUUCUACCCAAGGUUGAAGUUUCAGUCUGCCUUGCACAAYGGCAUUGUGUAAUUGUCUUCUAUUCCUACUCCUGUAAAACAUAAUGGAAUCCUCCCUGGAAAAGGACUGUCUGGGCUUUUAUAUACAUUGAUCUUGAAUAAAAAUGUUUUUUUUUUUUUUCUACUA